CAACAGGCAAGAAGAAAAACGACAGCCGAACCUAAACAGCUAAACCCCGCCUCGACACUGGUCUUCAGGGAGCAAGCUAGGCUUCUGCAAAGGCAGGGCCACAGAUGGAUUCGGAGUUAGCAGUAGAACCGCAAUCUCUGAAGAAACUGAGCUUCAAAUCUCUGAAGCGCGCUCUUGAUUUAUUCUCUCCUCUCCACGGCCACUUUCCCCCGUCCGAUCCGGAAAGCAAGAAGAUUCGAAUAAGUCAUAAGCUAAAUAUUGAGUAUGCUGCUAUAGCAAGCAAAGCAGCUCAACCUCAUUCUAAUUCAAAGGCGGCUGCCCAAAAUCAAGCUCAAAAGGCUUCUGCUCCUUCAAAUGCCCUUGCUCUUCCAGGCCCAGAAAAUGCAAGAGACCCACAGAAGGGGGUGCCUAAAAACGAGUUAGCUGUUGGUCCGUCUUUGCAACCAAAGAGCACAACGGAUGGGUUCGCAGGUAGAAGUACUGCAGUUAUUCCUUCACAACACACUUCAUCAGAAAGGAAUCUUUCUACUGCUGCAAUAAUGGAAAGAAUACCAAGUAAAUGGCCACGUCCUGCGUGGCAUCCUCCCUGGAAGAAUUACAGGGUGAUCAGUGGGCAUUUGGGUUGGGUGCGGUCUGUUGCAGUGGACCACAGUAAUUCAUGGUUUUGUACAGGGUCAGCUGAUCGGACUAUCAAGAUUUGGGAUUUAGCAACUGGAACGCUAAAGCUGACUCUUACUGGCCAUAUUGAACAAAUAAGAGAUUUUGGUAUAAUGGGAUUCGGAUUUGUGAUCAGGAACUUCAUCAUAGUCAUACGUGUGGCAUGA